AUGAAUUGCAAGCUGCUUACGGCCGUGCUGCUUCUUUUACUCGGUUUCUUAAGGUUGGCUUUGCAGCCCGUGGUGUCUGUGAUUUCGGAUUGUGAUGAGACCUUCAACUAUUGGGAACCGUUGAAUUUGCUGGUUAGAGGGUUUGGCAAGCAAACCUGGGAGUAUUCGCCAGAAUACGCGAUAAGGUCGUGGGCAUUUUUGGUGCCCUUCUGGGGGAUUCUGUACCCGUUGAACAAGAUCGCAAGCUUCGAUGCCGAUUGGAACUUUUACGUCAUACGGGCUGUGUUGGGAAUCGCUAGCUAUGUGCUGGAGUGCAGUGUUCACCGCGAGAUUGCAAACACGCUGUCUUUAAAAGUCGCUAACUCGUGGCUGGUGUUCCAGAUGUUCAGCCCCGGAUGGUUCCACGCUUCGGUGGAACUGCUGCCUUCUUCCGUGGCAAUGCUUCUGUAUCUGGGUUCAAUCAAGUACGCGCUACGGUAUUUGUCGAGAAACUCUACGUCUAGCUUUUUGGCAAGUCUUACUUUUAACGUUGUUGCCGGGAUCGUCGGAUGGCCAUUUGUGUUGGUGCUGAGCGUGCCAUUAUGUCUGCACUAUUUCGCGAAGCACAGCUUGAUCGCUACGAUGCGCACGGCUUUUGAUUCCAUGGUCAUAAUUGCGGCUGUCACAACGGUUACGGUCGCAGUAGACACGCUGUUCUACGGGAAAUUUGCUCCUGUAAGCUGGAACAUAUUCUGGUACAAUGUGCUGAAUGCAGAUGAAGAGUCUGGGCCUAAUAUUUUUGGCGUGGAAUCAUGGAAAUAUUACCUGUUCAAUAUGGUUUUGAAUUUUCCACUUCCCGUUCUGCUACUGUCCGUCGUGGGUGUUUUCCACCUCAAGUUGUGGCCGCUCUGGACUUCGUUGCUGCUGUGGUUAAGCGUGUUUACCGGUCAACCCCACAAAGAGGAAAGGUUUCUUUAUCCUGUCUACGCUUUGGUUACGUUGAGCGCUAGCGUCGGCCUCAGCAAUUUGCUACAGCCUUUUGAUGGUGCUAAGGCACUCAAGAGGUUUUUCAAAAUCGCUACGUUUUCAACUGUCAUGUUAAUCGGUCUCUCUCGUAUUGUAGCACUUACAGUGAACUAUAGUGCGCCGCUGACGGUAUACUCCGACUUACAUCUUUCGAAUUCUGCAGGGCCACAGGUUUCUAAUGUGUGCACCGGAAGAGAAUGGUAUCACUUCCCCAACUCUUUCUUCUUACCAGAUAACCACAGAUUACGAUUCACAGCAUCCGGAUUUGACGGAUUGCUUCCUGGAGAUUUUCCGGAGGUAGGCUCGAUCUUUUCUAAGAUCAGAGAGGUUCCAAAAGGUAUGAACAAGAAGAAUAUUUUUGACGGUGGCAAAAUUUGGGACGCCGACGAAUGUGAUUAUUACGUCGAUAUAGUGAUUCCUGCCAAUCGGGAAAAGGACGCCUAUGAUCCAUUGGCUAUGCCAGCAAACUGGAGAGUGCUAAGGUGUGCUGAUUUCAUAGACGUCGAUCAUUCCAAGAUUUUUGGAAGAGCCUUUUAUAUUCCUUGGAAGCUCGCAGGCUUCAUGAAGUCGUUACUCCCUACCAGCUGGGACAGAUACUAUGGCGCGGAGAAGGUGGAGUACUGUUUAUAUGAGAAGAUCGAUAUCCCUUCGCAUCUAGAGUAA